AGGAACGACAUUCGAGCAACGGUACACACAUAUGCAUCACGUUAUAAAUAAAUUUUAUCAUCAUUGGUCACGUAUUCACGUAUCUCGUAUUCAGAGUCCGGUCCUAGUGAAAUACCAUAGUGAUUCGAUCGCGGCAAUUUAGCCGAUUCGACGUCCGUGAUGACAACCUCCUAAUUCAAAUCCUUCUACGCCGACUUUUGCAAUAAGCUCGGUCUAGAUCAGCCACUGCUACGCUAUAUGCUAACGUUACGCCAUGGUAGCAAACCAUAAUUCGAGCAGAGGAUUGUAUAUAACUUUCGAGUGAGGUUGUUCCAGUUGGAAGUCAACAUACGCAUCACACACAGCUUUCAUACAUCGAUUUCACAUACGAAUCAUACGUACAGAUUCCACGUACAGACCUUAUGACAAAAUGAGAAACCUCAAGUACUUCACUCUUACGAGCCUCUUCGCCCUCGUCCGCUCAUCCGAGCAAAAUCAACCUACCGAAGAUUUAAAGCCAUGGGAAGUAACCAGACUAUCUACGUUCUCUCCUUCAGGCCGUCCGGGAAACAGCCCUCUCGCCCACCUAUGGGCAACUAUCACAAAUCCCGGCUCCAUUCCCGCGGGUUCAGGAGCCUCGUUCGAGCCGAGCACGGCAAACUGCACAGUGGAUUGGACGUGGUACGUUGAAGAGCCAUAUGGGCGUACUGUCGAGUGCACGACGGGAGGAAACCAAACUGUGCUUUCGGAUUCAAUCUCAAAAUGGACCAUCGAGAUUAUUAAGACAACUGGAAACUACUCGUCGCCAACCGAGGACUUCGAUGUCAAGUUCACCCUUACGACCAACUUAACGGCGAACGGGGAGGAUUGUUACAAGGUCCUGGCCGGGACACAGCAUUUCGCUAUCGGAGAAAAUAUGAGAGGGACUUGCGGCGGUAGUGGUGUGUGUUCCUGGGGUCUCAUGGAGGAAAGCAUCCCGGUGUUGGUUGAGCCGACCAUAGUCGCUUCUUCCUGACUAUUUCGAUAACCCUAAUAUCCUAGGUACCUCCUAAUCAGAAGAUGUGGGAGGCAUCCCAAGGUCAAGGCCUAACCAGGUUAUGUAUAUUAUUAUGAAUAUUAAUUUGGGAGUAUUAUUUGGGUAUUGCUAUUCAAGUUCAAUACACUACUCAACACACUAACCAA